UCAUCGUCGUUCUGGCCGUGCUGGUCAUCGCAGGGCGUAUUCUCUACCUUGUUCACGUCAUUUCUUCCGGAACUUGAACUCAGUCGCUCCUUCACUCUCGUACCCAGUCCACCGUCACCAUGGUUCCAGAUCUCAUGCUCUUCGAAAGAGACUGUGUCCCCUGCCCCGAUGUAGUCCCUCCCUGUUCGUGCGCACCAGAUGAGAAGUGUACAUCCAUCGGAAGGAGCUGUAACGCUUGCCCGGUCAACCAAUGUGUCCCUCAAAACGGCUCCAGUUCUUCCUCUUCCGGUGGUGGUGUCAGUGGGGGCGCCGUUGCAGGUGCGGUCAUUGCCUCAGUGGUCUUCUUCGCCGCUGUUAUCCUCGCGUUUCUCUGGUACCGGAAGCGUCAACGUCAGAGGCGUGCCACUGCACUCGCCGCGGAUGCUAAGCCGGACACCCCCGCUCGCGCAGAGGACGUCCUUAACCGACCGGACCCGAACGAGAAGCCUACUGUGCCGGAGGCACAGGAAAUGCAUACGGUCAGGAUAUAUGGCGGUGCCUCAAACAUGACCAUCAAUCUUGAUCCCGAGUCUCAUGGAGACUCCGUAGCCGCCACCAAUGGACACACCCCAGUGCGGAUGUCGACACAGUCGAACCCCUUUACCGACUCCCACUCUAUCCAGAGUGCGUCGACUGGCACACAGUCGAACGUCAUACCCAUCGCUCUUGUACCGCCAGGCUCGGUCUCUCUGCGUUCCAACACCCCAGUAAAUGGUGCGCCGGGCCCUAUGCGCCCAGAGCGCACAGCGGACGUCUCUCUAGACUACGAUCACGCAGAUGUUCCGAGCGGAACGGGCAAGCAGUACGCGAAGUCUACGGUGUCCGGCAUCCGUAACUCGUUCAUGACCACCGGCAGUUUCGCCAGUGAUCUUCUGAACGAGGCGCCAGUGAUAGUUACCCCGUCGCAGGGUGCUGUGAAACAGGUUCUCGGCGUCAUGAAAGCUGAAGUCAUCCAUACACCACCGGGAUCUGUAUAUUCGAAUUCGGAGGCCAACAAGUCCUCGGGUUCGCUCAGCGUUGCCAGCAGCCGCCCGCCGGUUCGCUCACCGCUUGCCGGAUCGAGCUUUGGUCCUUUGGAGUCCAUGACAGAGGAGCAAGAAUACGAAGAGCAGGGUGUCACCACUCGUGGGGAUCCAUUUGGAGACGAGCAUUCACCAUACACAAGCACAACCCCUACAGUUACUGGCGGAACGUCACCCACUUCUACGUCUGCGAUUUUCGCCUACAGCGACCAGCACAGGGACUCUCGGGGACCCAGGGCAGCGUGGAAGAAAUCCAAGGAGCCGCGACCAACAAGUGUCAAUACCCAGGCUGGUUCUAUUAUUGGGGCGACCAUCAGUAACGCAUCCCGCGUCCAUCUCGGUCUUGAUCAGGUUACUCCCAACCGCGUUGCUUCCCAUACGUUGGUUGUUCCCGCCUCGUCUGAUUUCCCUCUCACGCCCGUCAGUGCGCCGUUGAGUACCGCACGAUCGCAAUACCGGAUGACGAGCGCGAAGAUCGUGUCGCCCAUGAGCUCAGGCGACACAACGCCGUCACUGCCGACGGGUGUGUUUGAGCGACAGCAGCGUCAGGCUAUCGAAGAGAUGGAAGUUUCAAGGAGGGCAUCGGUUGUGAGCUCGACUUCCACACGUGCUGACUCCAUCCUUGAGGGUUUCCCAUUUGUUCCCCCAUCACCUAUUUCUGAUAGGCCUGCCCGCACACCGCCACGCUCCCCUCUUGCGCAGCAGCCGUUUACGGGCGGGAGCGUGAGCCCUUCCAAACCGGCACCAGAAUCUCCCCUACCGUCGCCACCGAAUAGGAAGCUGCUCGGCAUGUCAACUGUGUCGCAGUCAUCCACGACGUCGAACGGCCUCGGAUCAUUCCCCUUCCAGAUCGACAAUGGCAGUGGCCCCGAAUCCACAGAGCAGCCGACAUCGCCGUCAAGCUAUCCAGGCAAACAGCGCGCAAGCCUGGACACGCUCGCGCUGACCGCCGAUCUGCAGAGCUAUCCGCUGGGCUUUGAUCGGGACGCAGCCAUGGCGCACUACCCACCGAACAGUAAGCAGUGAUGUGUGACCGCUCACGCCCCGCGCGGUCAGCUUGAAAAACGGACGCCUUUUCAUCGCCACGCUGCUCUUCAUGCCGUGUCCUUAAUGUCUUCCUUCCAUCUUCUGGUGCUCUUUUCCGCUGCUGUAUUCUGAACGGACUCGUCGCUGUACACAAGAAAGCUCAUCUGUUGGUAGUCCUCGCUUACCUCCUUGUCGCUCAUUUGCGGACACCUCCUGCUCGUCCUUCCUCACGUAUCCCCACCAUUUCCCACGAUUACUGACAGCUCGUUCUAGAUUCGUGUACGUAAAGAUGGCUUACCCCGUAUUCGUCGUUCCGCUAUACCUUCGUAUACCAUACCACGCCUUGCCUGUCUCCGCCCACCUGUGCCCAUGGCUGAGUCUGUCCUUUCAUCUUCUCUCCCUUCCUCACUCUCCUUGAGUUUCUUGGUCCCUCUUUCAUCUUCUGCUCAAGCGGCCGUUGUUUUGGUUAGAACUGGUCCUGGCGUCGCCUUGCAUCUGCUCGUCGCGCUUUCCCCACGGGAUGCACGCGCUGGUGGAUUAUGGGAGAAAGCCUACACAGGUGGUUGAGGGUUUACUUUGUCCUUUAUUGUCUAUUUAAUUCAUUCGCUCUGCUGGUCACUGCUGGGUUCUUUUACGUUAGGGCUUCACUUGAAAUUUUGUAUUACAGUCUGGUUGUCUAUACUUAACGAAUGCGAUCAUGGACGCUUUCCUCCAGC